CCCGCUUGUUUCAUCACUGAAGUCAUCUUGUGUGUGUGUGUGUGGCCCCCCUUCUCGGUGACAAUUCGCAGUUUUUGGCGUUUGUGGUUGCCGCUUUUGUCCCUUCCCCGCACCGGCUGAUAGAUCCCAUCUCGCGAGAUCCGGUUUUUCGCCCCGAACCACAGAUUACGGUCUAGCUGGUCCCAGCUACAAUUUAGAUCUAGGGAAGAAGAUCUGGGUCGGUCGAGUAAAACCCAAAAGUUCCUGGCCUCGCUCGCUCGCUCGUCGAGAGGUCUGCCAGAACUGUCUGAACAGAUAAGCUUGCGGUCUCUCAACAUCAGCAUUCUACAUAGCAGCACACUCUCGCCGACUACAGAAUUAAGCCCGGCAUCAUGCUUUUCAGUCUCGGCCGAGGCAAGAGCCUCCAGUUCGGCGUCACGACAUGUUGUCUAAUCGCAUUUGUGCUCUUUGGCUACGAUCAGGGCGUAUUUGGCGGCAUUCUCCAGAUGGAAGACUGGCUAGACCAGUUCAACCACCCAUCCGACUCAGAAACCGGCAUCAUCGUGUCGUGUUACAACCUCGGAUGUCUUUUCGGCUGCGUUCUCAACUUCAUUUUCGGUGAGCAACUUGGUCGUCGAAAGACGAUCUGGGUCGCCAUGGGGCUUGUCAUUAUCGGUGCCACGCUGCAGGCGACGGCAUACACUGUCCCUCAUUUGGUCGUUGGUCGCCUCGUGACUGGCUUCGGCACCGGUAUGAAAACCUCGACAGUCCCAAUGUAUCAGUCAGAACUUUGCGAUAAAAAGUACCGAGGCCGGCUCGUGUCCGCCGAGACACUCUUUGUGGGAGUUGGAAUCGUUUUCGCGUACUGGUUUGACUUUGGCAUGUCCUACGUUGGCGGCCCGGUCGCGUGGCGACUGCCACUCGCAUUUCAAAUCGUCUUCGCCCUCGUCGUCGUCGUCCUGGUCUUCGCUCUCCCCGAAUCUCCCCGAUGGCUGUUCAAGCAUGGCCGUGAGCAGGAAGCAGUCCAGGUCCUCUGCGACGUGUUCGACAAAGACCCCACGGACGAGUACAUCCGAGCCGAGGUCCACGCCAUUCACAACGCCAUCGAGAUCGAGGUCGCCGAGAAGAAGUCGGCCUCUUGGGUCAGCAUCUUCAAGAACGACCGCCUUCGGACCGGCCAUCGUGUUCUCUUAGCAUGGGGCGCUCAGUUCAUGAACCAGAUUGGGGGGAUCAACCUGGUCGUCUACUACAUUCCCUCGGUUCUGGUGCAGAAUGUGGGCAUGACGGCGCACAUGGCCCAGAUCAUCGGAGGAUGCGUGCAGAUGAUGUUCAUGUUCGGCUCCAUCUUGCCUGCACUCGCGCUGGACCGCAUGGGUCGACGCAAGACGAUGAUGUGGGGAAGUGCCGGACUCGGCGUAUGCAUGCUCAUGAUUUCGAUCCUGUUGUCUCGAGUCGGGCUAGCCAACGGCCAAGCGUGCGCUUCAGCGUCGGUGGCAUUCUUUUUCCUCUAUAACCUGAUUUUUGGCAUGGGCAUGAAUUGCGUUCCCUGGGUCGUGGUCCCGGAAAUCCUCCCGCUCCACGCCCGAACACGCGGCACCGCCGUCGGCAUCAGCUCCAAUUGGUUAUGGAACUUCUUCGUCGUAAUGAUCACCCCGGUCAUCAUCAACCGCCUGCAGUGGAAGGCUUACCUGAUCUUUGUGGUCACCAACUUCGUUUUCGUUCCCGUCAUCUACUUCUUCUACCCUGAGACCAGCAACUUCGGGCUGGAGGAGAUUGACGAGUUCUUCACGUCGGGCGGCAACCCGGUCAAGGUUGCAAAGGAAAUGUCCAAGGCCAUGAAGGCCGGAGUUGAUAGAUCCGGAAGUGAUGCGGAAAAAGUACCGAGCUCCUUGGAAAAGGCCGAAGUGAUGGUGGAGCACAGGUAGAACCUAGAGGGAAU